AUGGAGAGGAAUUUGGCUUUUAUACGGGGAAAGAGCUUUGGGACAUGGACGAGACAGCUGGAAAAUCCGACUUUUAUACGAUUGACAGAUCAUCAACUCCAUCGCCAUCCAAAGAUGUCUGAAUCCAACGAAAAUCACAAAGACUUUGUACGUCCUCUAUCAUCUCCUCUCUUACCUUGUACGCGUGCGAAGUCAACAACUAAUCAUUCAUGCCAAACCCAGAACAAACCAUGCCCAAACAACCGAAAACCCCCAAAAACCCACAAUCUCUUAUAUCAUUUACAAACAAUCCAUCUCUUCACUCGAAGCGACCUAAAAACAAUCGUAGCACCCAGCACCUUCUUCGCCCUCAUCUGCGCCUUCUCCACCCCAACCCUGCAGCUAUCCCACUCCCCACUCCCAACUCUACACAUCGUAUCCCGAGUCCCCAAAACCGCGUUCUGGGUCUGGUGUAACCUUCUCCCCUUCGCAAUCGACAACCAACGACAACCCAGCAGCAUCGAAGAAGACAAGCUCAACAAGCCCUGGCGCCCCAUGCCCUCAGCCAGAAUAUCUAUCCUUCAAGCUACACAUCUCAUGGUAGUUUUGUAUGCCCUAGCAUUUACUAUUAGCACGGUGAUCACCGGGGGAUCUGCGCAGUGUGUGAUGCUUAUGGGUCUGGGGUAUUGGUACAACGAGUUCCACGGCGCGGAUCGCGAUUGCGUCGUGCGGAAUUUCAUCAAUGCGUGUGGGUAUACUUGUUUUCUGUCCGGCGCGCUCGAGGUCAUGCUCGAACGAUCGGUUUUUGCGUUUCCUGUGUUGGUUUACGAGUGGCUUUUUGUUAUUGGGUUGGUUGUUUUCUCGACGGUUCAUGCGCAGGAUAUGGGUGAUCAGGAGGGGGAUGGGUUAAGGGGUCGAUGGACGGUGCCGCUUGUUGUUGGCGAUGUGGGAGCGAGGUAUAGCAUUGCGGGGUUUGUUUUGGUGUGGUCGUGCGUCUGUGUGGGAUUCUGGGAGCUUCAUGUAUAUUCGUUGGUUGUGUCGAUGUCGCUGGGUGGUGUGGUUGGAGAAAGGUUUUUGGGGUAUAGGACAAGAGUUGGGGAUCGUGUCUCGUUUCGGGUGUAUAAUGUGUGGGUUGCGUUUAUCUUUUCCUUGCCGCUUUGGAAGACUUGA